AUGUGGACGUAUGUGGAUAGACACAAAGAGGAUGCCAUGCUGCUGGUCGACGCCCCUUACACAGCCGAAGUCCUGCACGCUCACUCGGGCCAGCUGCACCCCAUCUAUCGACCUCUUGCUGUCUACCUGACUCGCUUGAAGUACGCACCCAAACUGGAUCAAAUCCUCGUGCCAAAGUCCAGAUCUGCGUCUGUCUCGUCGCAAUCAGAGUGGAUGUUUCACCUGCUUGUGUCCUUUGCGGGGGAGAGCUUCACGCCUAAGUUCGCCAUCCAGAACUCUUUCCUCAGUUUCGAAGACUAUGCGGCCUACCAGGCCAUUGCUUACCUUCCUGGUCCCCAUAGUUGGGUGCUGAUGCAGUGGCGUGAGUUUUACAGCAUGGACAUGCCGCUCUUCGUGCCGCACAAAGAGGACUUGCUGGCGCACUCACGGUUCUGGCAUAUCAACCUCUGGAACAACUUGAAGUCUGUGCCAGAGGAGAAUUGGAUGCAAAAGAAGGAGUUCUGGUCUCGGCGUCAUCCGUACCGGCCAUUCCCGCCACAGGAUCAGUGGUCCGGCGAGUAUGUCCGUGCAAGCAUGUACUGGUCUCAAAGCCUGGAAUACUUGACAUGGCCCUUUGUUCAGCAAUUUCGUGGAGUUCCAGACUUGCUGCACAAGGCCAAGUCGUUGAACUUUGCCGAAAUCUCGCAGCACAUGUCUGCUUGGAAUCAAGCUGCUCGCGAGAAAGCCAAGGAGUUUUGGAUCUCCGCGCUCCCGGGCCUGCUUACGCUUGACGAGGUCAAUGCUCAAGAAGGAUCCCGGAGAGCCAGAGAAUCAAAACAGUCCGCCGUCGGCAUGGCUGUCUUGCUGUUCCGUGCAGCACGUGAAGACUCGAGAUGA